AUGGACGCCUUCCAGGAGGCCUUCCAGAAGGUGGAGAAGAUCGGCGAGGGCACCUAUGGCGUGGUCUACAAGGCCCGCAACAAGCACACGGGGCAGCUGGUGGCCCUCAAGAAGAUCCGCCUGGACUCGGAGACCGAGGGCGUUCCCAGCACCGCCAUCCGCGAGAUCUCGCUGCUGAAGGAGCUCAAGCACCCCAACAUCGUCAGGCUCCUCGAUGUCGUGCACAGCCAGAAGAAACUGUACCUGGUGUUUGAGUAUCUGAAUCAGGACCUGAAGAAGUACAUGGACUCGUCCCAGACUGGAGACCUUCCUUUAAGCUUGGUGAAGAACUACCUUUUCCAGCUGCUGCAAGGUGUGAGCUUCUGCCACUCGCACAGAGUCAUCCACAGAGACUUGAAGCCACAAAAUUUGCUCAUUAAUGAAGUGGGAGCCAUUAAGCUAGCUGAUUUUGGACUGGCAAGAGCUUUUGGAGUCCCCUUGCGCACGUACACUCACGAGGUCGUGACUUUGUGGUACCGAGCCCCUGAAAUCUUGCUGGGAUGCAAAUACUAUUCAACAGCUGUGGAUAUAUGGAGCAUCGGCUGCAUCUUUGCUGAAAUGGUGACCCGGAAAGCCCUGUUUCCAGGGGACUCCGAGAUCGAUCAGCUCUUUCGGAUCUUCCGCACCCUGGGCACUCCCACAGAGGCGACCUGGCCUGGGGUGACUCAGCUGCCUGACUACAAGGGGGACUUCCCCCGCUGGGCAAGGAAGGAGAUGAAGGAAAUUGUUCCCAACUUAGAUCGGGAUGGCCGAGACUUACUGGCGCAAUUGCUACUGUAUGACCCCAGCAGGCGCAUCUCAGCCAAGGCAGCCCUCAAUCACCAGUACUUCUUCUGGAGAAACCCUGAGGACCCUGAAGAGCAGUGCACACUGCAGAGACACUGCAGAUGA